GCUUUGGGGCUGCGAGGGCUCACCUUUCGUACGCCUCGUGCGCGAAGCGCUCUGCUGCCUCGAGCUGCCCUACGUUCUUCGGAACGUCCCGCAUGGCGAGGUCAAGAACCGCACGGAAUUUCGGGAGAAGUAUGGUCAUCUUCUUUCUACGGCCCGCAACGCGGUGGGCGCGGUUCAGAUGCCUUUCCUCCGGGACCCGAACACGGGCAUGGACAUCCUGGA